UUGUCGACAUAAACCUCAAAACAAAGUGUCCGUGCUCUAGCUUUAACUGACAGUGAACAAUGUUUGGGAUUAUGAGUAUUUGUAUCUUUGGUGCUUGUGUUAGCAUAGCACGUGGAAUUCUUCUAGAAGACACUGUAGAAAGCAGAGUGGCCAGUUUGGAAACACAGUUGGAACGUGUGAUAAAAGAGUUGGCGGUAGUGCAGGGAUGUACGUCCGAUUUUUGCGAUAUUCACUGGACGAAAUGGGCGGCUUGGAGUUCCUGGUCAAAGUGCACAGGUCAAUGCAACCAGGGAUAUGGAUCUAGCGAGCAAACCAGAACACGUACACGAACGUGCAUUGGCCAAACUCCUGACGACCAGGGACUACAGUGCACGGGUGAUUCUGUGGAAACUGACAAAAGGCCAUGUAAUGCCGUAGAACUCUAUGGUUGUCUAAAUUCUGCACAGAACACUAACAAUACAUAUGGAAUGGUGUACAAUUUCUUUGACGAGCUCGCACAAAGCGCGUGUACUGCUGCUGUGCGUACUGCCUCGCACGUGCUUGCACUGAGACGGAACUGUAAUACAGGAAAAGCACCGCAAUGUUCUACGAUCUGUUCAAAUGCCGGAUACCACUGCUUCGACGAGCUUCAUGUUUAUCCGCCGCACAACAUUCUUAAGCCAGACGUAUAUACGGAUGAAGGGAAGCCGGGACUAAUGAUGUUUCGAUAUUUUUCAUGUUCAUAUGGCGACGGAGGAUGCGGUCCUAAUUACUGUUGUUGUAGCUACUAGGAUAGCAUUGAAAAAAGUCAUAUUUGUUAUAUUCACUGUUAGUAACGGUUAAGAGUGUCAUUUUCUUCCGAACAGUAGGAGUUUCACUUGAUCUUCUUAGGUGUUAUAUAUGCAACAAUUAAUAAUUUGGAAAUAAAAGCAUCGUCUUGUCACAGACUUUAAAUUUUUGUUAAUUAUAAUAUUCUGCUAUAUAUGAUGUAAAUGUGUUGACAGCAUGUUCCAGCUUGGAAUACAUAUCUUAACAUUUUUCUGCCUAGAGUUUAUGAUCAGGUUCAUG